GCUCCGGCUGCGCAGGAACAGCUGGUGCCUCGGGAGGCGGCUAGUGAGCGGGCGGGCGUGGGUUGCCGGUGGCCGGACGGGCCACGCUGCGGGAGCCGCCGCCGCCUUGCACCAUUGCACCAUGUCCGACCAGCUGGAGCGUUGCGAGCGCGAGUGGCAUGAACUGGAGGGAGAAUUUCAGGAGCUGCAGGAGACACACAGGAUCUACAAGCAGAAGCUGGAGGAGCUGACGGCGCUACAGACACUGUGCAGCACCUCCAUCAGCAAGCAGAAGCGGCGCCUCAGGGAACUGAAACACACACUGCAGAGGUACAAGCACCACUCCAGCCAAGAGGAGGCGGAGCUUAUCCAGCAGAUGACCGCCGACAUUAAGGAGCGGCAGAAUGUCUUCUUCGACAUGGAGGCCUACCUACCGAAGAAGAAUGGGCUCUACUUGAAUCUGGUUCUUGGCAAUGUGAACGUGACCCUACUCAGCAAUCAGGCCAAGUUUGCCUACAAGGACGAGUAUGAGAAGUUUAAACUCUACCUGACCAUAAUCCUGCUUCUGGGUGCUGUGGCAUGCCGCUUUGUCCUUCACUACAGGGUGACAGACGAAGUCUUCAACUUCCUGCUCGUGUGGUAUUACUGCACCUUGACCAUUCGGGAGAGCAUCCUCAUCAGCAAUGGCUCCAGAAUCAAGGGCUGGUGGGUGUCUCACCAUUACGUCUCCACGUUCCUGUCAGGAGUGAUGCUGACAUGGCCUAAUGGACUAAUUUAUCAGAAGUUUCGAAAUCAGUUUUUAGCGUUCUCCAUUUUUCAGAGCUGUGUUCAGUUUCUACAGUACUAUUACCAGAGGGGCUGCCUCUACAGACUGCGGGCCCUGGGGGAGAGGAACCACCUGGACCUCACUGUGGAAGGGUUCCAGUCCUGGAUGUGGCGGGGCCUCACCUUCCUCCUGCCUUUCCUCUUCUGCGGCCAUUUCUGGCAGCUCUACAAUGCCGUCACCUUGUUUGAGCUUUCCAGCCACGAGGAGUGCAAAGAAUGGCAGGUGUUCGUGCUGGCUCUCACCUUCCUCAUCCUCUUCCUCGGCAAUUUCCUGACCACGCUCAAAGUCGUCCACGCCAAACUCCAGAAGAACAGAAACAAGACAAAGCAGCCAUGAACCUCCGGACUCUUGUGCCUGGGGGGCCUUGGGACUUAAGACUGCUGGGCAUUCCAGUCAGCGGCAGCUGUGGGCAGCAGCAUCUCAGGGGCCAGCAGCAUCUCUGGGAGCAGGGCCAAGGCCUUGGUUCUGGGCAGACAUGAGGAAUGUGAAGGCUGCCUGUGCGCACAGUAUUAAUGUCCCAGCUCCCUAUUUAUAUAACAUAUUUAAUAACGCAUCUUCCCUGCUUCCCUGGAAUGCGAGGCCUUCCCCAGAGCUCCGUGUAAUGGCCGUGGGCAGGUCUAUGUCUGUCUUCCAGGGAGGGGCAGAAAGCCUCAGGGAACCCCUCUCUCCCUGCUCCUGUCAUUUGAAUCCCUCACUGGGGUUUGGAUGUGCCUCACUGGGGUUGGCUUUAGCUGACCUGCUACUCACUGUGUCCCAGGCACCGGGUGGAAUGAAACCUUCGGCAUCCUGUGGAGCCCGCCCCGUCCUGGGCCGCCAGCUCUGCUGUACGCCUCCCACAGCCCCCACCCUCUGUUGUGGGGAAAUAUUUAAGUUCUCAGAGAACCUACCUGUCUCAUCUCUUGCCUUGUGACUCCCAAACCUCCUGUUGGGCCACUGGGGGAAAGUGAUGCAGCCUCCUGGAGACCUCAAAGUCUCUUCCCCUUGGAGCCGAGCGCCGGGGGUUUUAAGGACAGCCUCCACCAGAGGGCGCCCAGCCUCUGGGUCGUCGGACUUCCCGCGGACUCUUGGGCCUUCCUCACUGCACCCUUCAGCCGCCUUCACAGACGGAGAGUCCUUGGCACAGGACCCAGACCCUCAUUGUAACAGCCAUUUGGAGAUCACCCAGUCCCUUCCUCUCUCAGAGGCUUUUUGUGUGGGAGGGGGGAAGAGUUGGGGGGGUGUCUAAGUGGGCCUGUGAGGUCCAGGCAGCAUCAAGAGUGGAGGGGCAAACAGGACCAGAAGAAUGUUCUCUUGUCCCUGCCCAGCCUGCUCGGAUCCGACAUCACAGCUGGCUGCCUCAGACACAGUUCAUUUAGUCCUCACAGGGCUUUAAAAUUCUUUAGUUAUAGGAAUCCAGAUUUCUGUUUACCUUAAGAAAAAGUGGGAAGGCCUGGCUACAUUCCCAAAGGGCACGGUCAGGCACCAGUUCCCGUUUGCCACAGCCCGCCCCGCCCCUCAUCCCUGCCCUAUUUCUGCCCUUGGUCUCCUGUCCCUGGAUCACCUGGGUUGUCCUUCGCAGGCACCUGGGAUUGCCACAGAUUAGGACUUUUCCCAUCAAAGCCCAGAAGAUGAGUAUUUUGGGCUUUGGGGGCUAGUCCUGUGGGAACUUCAGUCGGCAGUUGUAGAGCAAAAACUGCCAUUACAUAAUUGUGGCUGUUCAAUAAAACUUUAUUUACAAAAACA